AUUGUAUGAUUUGGUAUAAAAUAAUUUGAACCUACAAAACUAACACAAAUAAUUAUUGAUAAACUUUUCAAUAAAAUGAAAAAUAUAGCUUAUCAUUAUGAAUCAAGACUUUAUACCAGACUCUCCUGACUCACAAUUAAGUGAUAUUUCAUUCCCUUCUCAUGUAAGUGGAUUUGAAUCAUUUAAUUUUGGAGAAGUUUCAAAAGGAGAAGAAGAUACAGAUAAUGAAACUUUAGAUACAAGGGAAAAAACUAUUAGCAAAUCCAAAUUUGAUAAACGAAAAUCAGCAUUACAGAAUGAAGCCACUCACAGUUCUUUAAGCGCAUUUUUAAAAGUUUCUACUCCUCCAAAAUCACUCUCAGCAUCACAGUUUAAUACACUUAAUGAAUCUUCAAUGAGUAAACUAGAAGCUAUGCAAGCAGGUAUACAAGAUAGUUUUCUGAGCUCUCAAUCAGAAGAUAAAGGGAAAAAACUACAAGAGUUUUUGGAUGAAGCCAGAUUCACAUCUGACAGAAAAGAAAAUGAUAAGGUUUCAUUAAGUGAAGCUAUUGAAAAAUCCUCAAAUGUUAUUGAAAAACAAUAUCGUUCACUUUUUGAUAUAACUGAAGCAAAUCAAACAGACAUGGAUAGUCUUUUUCUAAAAGAGGUGCGAGCUCGUUUGCAGAUGUCAAAAGCAGAAGUAAACGAAAGUUCUUUUAUGGACAACAUGACUUUGAAAGAUUUGGAAGAUAAUGAUGAAAAUUCUGAUUAUAGUCGAGCCGAAAUUGAGGAGCUUGAGAAAAGUCUUGCAGUUGUUUUUAGAAGAACAGAAAAUUCAGACAAUAUCUAUAACAGAGAACACAUUGAAAGUGUCCAAAGGCCUAACUUGGAUGGAAGCAGCAGUGGUAGCGAUAGCGACAGUGUAGCUAGCAGUGCAUCAAACUUUGCUCGGUCUGGUUUGGGCACUGGCAUUUUGGCGCAUCAAAUUGAAAGAUCUAAUUUGCCAGAGUUAGGAAAUCUUCAGUUGAUGACUAUUCCUGAGCGUCAAACUGCUGAAGGUAGGGAUACUGGGCAAGAAGAAGAUGGUGAUGGAGGUGGAUUGGGUGAUGGAAGCAGUGGAAACAGUUAUAGUGAUACUGGAGGUGGAGAUGGUGGCGAUGGAGGUGUGUCUAUAAGAGGCUCACAUUUGGUUACGAAUUCAAACUUUAAUCGACCAAACAACUCUGACGAGCAAAUCACUCCUACAAACCGUGAAAGACCUGUUGGUGGUUCUUCAAGCCAGGAGCGCCAAGUACAAUUUUCUUCAUAUAUUCAGAUGCAACAGGCUUCAGUGACAAGUACAAGUGAUUCAGGAGUCACAAAUCAAUCAAGUUUGUCCGAGAAAGUGCAAGAAAUGGAUAGUCAAGAUUCUCGUCUUUCAGCUCGUUUUUUUUUGGCUGCCAGUACACCUUUUAAAGAUCAAAGUACUUUGAACUGGUUGCAUCAAAAUAGUUUUCACAAAUCAACUCAAGAAGUAAUGCAGCAAGAUUAUACUAUGGAUACACCUAGUUCUACAGUAAUGGGAAAACUUCGACAGUUGCAUGGAGAAGCACCAGACUGGACUUUUAACUCAACAACUAUGAUGGCAACAAAAUUAAAUCAAAGUGGGAAUGGACAAUCUGAAAAUGAUCAAACUAUUACUAAUAAAAAUCUUUAUCCAGAUGCUGCCAAUGCUUCCAAGUUCUUAAAAUAUUCUAUUGAGAAGUCAAAUAAUCCAUUUGAAGCAGCACGUUCAAAAGUUAUGAAGAAUCCGCUUGAAAGUAUGUCUGAAAAUGAUAAUGAGCAAGACUUGGGUAGUUCAUUUACAAGUGAAGAAUUUCAUAAUAAUCAAGAUUUGGAGGAAUUGCUCAUGGAAGAUGAAAGGAUAGUUGCACAAAAUAAUAAUUCUAUAUACAAGGAGUCAGAGAAAAGUGAAGUGGAUUGGUCAACAAAUUCUGGAUUGCUUGUUUCUUCAUCUGAGUAUGUUGGCAGAGUUAGUAACUAUUUUAAAGUGAAGUCUAAUGAGUUAGGAAACCUUUCAAAGACUGAUGGUCCCAGGCCAAAAUUUUCUGAUGACAGCCACAUAAUAAAGACUCCGCCAUCAUUAGAUCCAUUGCCAUUAUUAAAACCAAAAUAUUCUUUUGAUAAAGAUAAAACAUUUUCUGUUGAGAGGGUUACUAACCAAACUUCUAAUCAGGAAAAUUCUGGUCUUUUAUCAAAGUGUGAAACACCCAAAUCACAUUACACUAUGAAAAAGCAAAAUUGUGAUAACACGCUACAGAAGCAAAAGAUAGCAAAUGAGCCAAUCAAAACAAGUUCUAAUCAAAGUCUCAAUAGAUUUCCAGAAGAUUUUCAGGCUUUUGUUCCAAAAACUAAAAAUGAAGCGAGUAGCUUGUUUAAUGACAUCCAAGAACGAAGAGUAAGUGUGCUAGGUUUAUCAAAUAGUCAAAUUCUUGAACUUGCAAAUUGCAUAGCGACUAUGACUGGGAUUAACUUAAGUCUUGUUUAUAAAGUACUCAAUAUUCUGUCAAAGGAAACAAAAUUAACAGAAUCUAUGGAAAAUCUUUUAAAAACUGAUGUAGAAAAAAGUAAACAAAUACAAAAAACAACAUCUGUAAGCAGUUGUGUCAACAGCAUUUCAAAUACAUCACCAAUUUCAAAUGCAUCAUCUGUUUUAAAUACAUCACCUGAAUUGAAAUCAUUAGUGAUGCCAUUAGGACCAGGGCAACAUUCAUGGGCUAAUGGAUCUGAUGUAUUGCAAAACUCUGCUGAUCUAAAACGUGCUAUUAGUUAUCCCAAUGAGGGGAGAUUUCAUAGUACCCAACCUGAAGUUGGAAACAUUCAAAAUCCUUCUUACAAAAAUUACCCUUUAACAAAUUAUUCAUCGCAAGAUAAUAUUUAUUUUCCAAAACAACCAGAUUUAGGACUUCAAAGCAAAUCAAGUUUUUUUUCUCAAAAUCCUGUUUCACUUCCUGAAAGUUUAAGAAUUAAUGAACUUCAUUUACUUCAUCAACGGGAGAAAUUGUUUGAAGCUCAUCCAAUUUCUACAGUAAAAACAAAUAGCCUAUCUGAAUUUUACUCAGAAAGCUUGCAAUCAGCAACUGAUAUAAGAAGACAUCAUUCGACUGAGUAUUUAAAAAAGCAGCAAUUAUCUGAGAGUGUUAUUUUUCCUUCUGAAGUAAACUUUGAAGUUAUUUGUGUGGGUAUUGCUCAAAGUAAAGUCUUUCAAUUGCAUAACUCAAAUAAUUUCUGGUUGCAAUGUCAAAUUCAUUCCGUGUUACUUGUUCAUAAUGGAAAAGAGGUUGAUAAAGUUUCUGAGAAACCAUUUAAGUUUCCCCCGAAAAUCCAGCUAGAGCCACACGCUUCAGAGGAUCUGAAGAUAAAGUUUUAUGCCUUUCAUCCAGGAACCUAUGUUAUGAAAAUUGAAGUUCUUGUUGCACCACUAACAGCAGAACAUGCUCCUUUACGUUGGACACGAGUAGGAGGUCUAAUGGAUGUAACAGCUGUUGCUGAGUCUCCUGAUAUAGAAGUUUUAUUAGGUGAAAAAAAAUUUAUUGAUUUUGGACUUUUAGGAUAUGGUGCCAAUACCACACAAAGUUUGUGCAUUUUAAAUAAAGGACGAGCUGAUGUACCACUUCAACUAUGCAUAGCUUCUGGCACAGCGUCAUCAAAAUACUUUGCAUUUGGAAUGACUAAAGCAGAGAGUUAUCCUCAAAAUUUUCAUUCAAUUGUAGCAUUUGGACAGAAACAACCUGGUAUCGCUUUAACACCAGCAGUAGUGACUCUGAGGUUUACUGCUCCUGAAGUAUCAAAACAAUCAUUAGGGUGUGAAGAAAUCUCUUGCCAAAUUGACAUACAAACUGAAACAGAUCCUGUCAUUCCUAUAACCAGUAUAACAAUGAAAGCUAAAGUUGGUAAACCAAAGCUUCAUUCAUUAAAGACACUGCAGGUUAUAGAAUUUUCAUGCAAUGUUGGUGAAACAGCAGUUAGAAUGAUACCUCUUCGAAAUGCUGGUACUAUUUUGAUGGAUAUUGAAGCAAAAAUAGUUGAAUCAUUUGAUGAAUUCUCUGUGACUCCAGAGCGCCUUCAAAUCAAACCUGAUAAUGAAUUAAAUUUGAAAGUUGUUUUUAAACCAAAGAAGGCUACAUCAGUAAAAGGGAAAUUAGUCGUGUCAUUGUUACUUGAUGGUGAUCAAUUUGAAUGGAUUCUACAUGGUACAGCAUGUUUUAACAAUGUUAUUAGUAGAAAUGAGGUUCCUUCUUUGCUGUGUAAUAAAUUAGCGCUUAAUUGGGGUGGAGUUGAAAUAGGACAAUCUCGGCAACAAAAGCUUGUUUUACGAAAUUCUUCUGAGACGCAAGCUUUAUACCUCAGCAUUGCUGUUUCAGAUGCCUACUCAAGUUUUCAAAUUCAACACAGUCAUGAAUUAGAAAUUAAAGAACUAAACAGAUUUGAAGUAGUUUUGAAGCCACAAGCUGAGCAGCCUGUCUAUGUUCUUUUCAUUCCAUCCAAGUUAGAUUUUGUGUCUAGUUCUCUUGUUCUCCGUGUUAUCAACAGUUCUACAAAGUUUGUAAUUCCAUUAUCUGGGUAUGGUGGAACAAGCAGUCUUGAAAUAAAAGGAGCAAAGAGUGUGAAUGAUAAGCUCUUUAUCGAUUUAGGGCAAAUUAAAUGUGGCAAGAAAGCAACAGCAACAAUAAUUGUUCGAAAUAAAGGAUCACGUACAGCAUUUGUGUCAAUUAAUUGUUUUUCAGAUAGCACAUCUCAAACUGGCACAUCACCCAUCAGAUACCCAGAAAGUAAAAUGGACAUUUCACCAAAUAAUUUUAUAUUAAAAGAAUACUGUACCGAACAAGUGACAAUGGUUGUUGACAUAAUAAAAGAGUUUCAAGGUGCCUUUGCACAUCUUAUUAUUGUAUCUGGUGAUGAAAUUUUAAGGCAACAGUAUAAGAAAAGCAGAAAACGAUCAAAAGAUAAACAUUUUAUCACACCAUUCAAACUGGAACUUGGAACAUGCUUAGAUAAAGGUUUUUUGGGAGAAGAAUUGGUUAAUAAUAAUUUGGAUUAUUCAGGAAUAAUUGAUUGGGAAAGUUUUUUUGCUGGAAACGUUUCAAUAAACAAUGUUACCUUACUUGCUUCAACAACUCAAUUUAAUGACAGUUCAGAGCACCUUAAUAACUUAAAUGAUGUCAUAACCCAAUUUACUCCUGCUCAAAAGCUGAGUUUAAAAAAGGGUACUUCUGAUUCUAAAAUUGCUGAAACCAACAAAAAGAUAUUGUGGGAAGUAAAACCUGUUGAGUUAAUUUUGAACGCUUCAAAUAAAAAUCAGAAUGUGAAGCUCCAGCUGAUUAAUUAUUCUGAUGUUAAUCUUUCCUUUGAAUUCAUAUGGCCCGCUCAAACACUUAUCAUAAAUCCAUGCAAGGAAAAAAUAGCAGCCAAAAGUAGUUUAGGCAUUAGAAUUGGUAUAAAACCUUCAUUUUUAUCUCAACCAGAAGAUGUUCCAUGGUCUGGUAGUUUAUACAUUCAGUGCAACAAUGAACAAAAGGAAGUAAAAGUUUACAUUCGAAAUGAUGUUAUCAAUGAUCUUUCUCCAUAUAUAUCUUCUACAGAGAUGAAUCCCCUUGAAGUACAAGAUGUCUCUUUCAUACCACACCAGCAUCAAAACAUCAAAGAGUUAGAACCUGUUGUUAUUAUUUCACCAUGUAUUCUUGAAUUUAACAAUACUAAUGUUAAUAUGAGUGAUGAAUCUCUUAUCUCUGUACAAAGCCUUUUUUCAAAACCAUGCAGAUGGAUUUUGUCAUCAAUUGCUCCUCCAUAUUUUAAAAGCACAAAUGGAAGAGGUGAAAUUUUGCGAACCACUUACUCUGCUUUUCGUUUUGCUAAACAUUCUGGAAAGCUUAGUGAAUACCAAACAAUUCAGCUAUCAGUUUCAUUUCAUCCUCGAUCAUUGGGUGUUUACUCACAGUUCUGGGAUUUUGAGAUAAUGUAUGAAGGAAAUCAUCUUUCUAAAAAACAUAGGAUAGAACUUGUUGGAAAGGGUGUUCUCAGUGAUGACGAUAUUUCUUUAAAGAAAAUUGGAACUGCUAAACCAAUUCUGCAUUCCAUUAUUAAAAGCACUGAUAUCAAUGGUAAUAUUCAAGAAGUUGAUUCACAAGAAAACAAUUCAAACAAUGAUAAUAUGCCAAGCAAAGUAAAUAUUAUUCCACAAAAUUCACUAAAUGAUGGAUGUGUUUUUGUAAAAGAUGAAAAUAUUUUAUUUAAUGAAGUUGCUGUUGGUGAAACCAAUGAACAAAAAUUUCGACUGUGUAAUGAUAGCAAUGAAAUGCAAAAGGUUAGAGUUUCUGGGUUUCAGCCACCUUUUUCAUUGAUACCAAAACAUACACGACUUUCCAUUAGACCAAAAAGUUACAUACGUGUUCCUGUUUACUUUUCUCCUACUUUACCGAAGACAUCGUACGAAGGUUUGUUGGUCGUUUCUCCUGAACAAGGAAACCCACUCAGCGUAAAGUUAAAGGCAGUUAGCAAAUAAGUGGUAAUGUUUUUCAUCAUAUCUCCGCCCGAUCAAAUUGUAUCUAUCAUUCAAUCAAAUCAACACAACGUGUGACGUGGGAAAAUUCGCUUUAGAAAAAAACCACUCUGGGUUUUUAAACUACGCGUUAUAAUACAAAGCAAGUAUUAUAAAGCAAACAACAAUGAAACAGUUGACAUAACAGCAAUGAAAUAAAAAGUUAACAACAAAAAUAACAGAACAACUUAAAACAAAAUGUGACAAAAGUAUCAACUGAACAAAUAAAUUGAAACAAAAUGUAACAAAAGGAAAAAACAAUCAAACUAAAUUGAAGCUUAACAUAAUUAUCAACUGAAUCAGUAAACCAUUUAAUGACGAAACUUUUUCAAAAAGAAAAAGAAAAGAUAAAAAAAAACUAAAAUAAAAAUAAACGAAGUUUUUGACAUUUUACUUUGUUUUUAUUUGACUA